CAAGGAUGGGAUUUAAUUAUUAGAUUUCUCCCAUUUACAAUAUUUUUACACUUUCAGGAGACUUGAAAGUGCUUCAAUAAAACUCAGACCUUGACUAUUUUCAUUACCAAUACCAAUGAAAUCAAAAGGGGCACGGGUGUAAUGCACAUUUAUACAGUAUGUGUGUGAAUUCUUAGUUAUGUGUGUGGUGCUUUUAAGCAGAACAGUGAACUGGACAGUUUUGACAAGCCUAUCAGAUAGAGGAAGCUUAUUUCCUCAUCUUUUGAUGUGCUUGGUAAAAUAGAAAACAAAGAUGCAAUAUGAUGUGUGAUUAUAAAGGCUAACCAUGUAGCUUUGCUAAAAAAAAAAAAAAAAAAAAAACAGCAUUUUUUCCAUCAGCUAUGGCAUCCAGCUAUACUGCAUGGUACCUCCAAAUGAAACUAAAGGACCGCCAGGGACAAUUACAGAAGGAUCCCAGUGGGGUAAGCUGCGAGUCUAGCACUUUUACACCAACUACGAGGAGCGCUGCCACCUUCAGCCCUCUGGCUCACUCUUCCUCCAGAGAGACUCUGCUUUCUAGAGGAGGCCUCUCCACCCACAGCUCUACAUCUUCAGAAGCCUCAAAAGAGCCAGAAAGCUACGCAGCUGCAUUGAAACAGUUAGCUACACUGACCAAUGAGCCCCAAGAGAUUACUUAUGCUGGUGGCAAGACUGCUCCAGACACACUUAAUCUCAACCCUCCCAGCAGAACUCUUCAGAGAACCCUUGGGAAACCCAUGCAUGCUGCCAGAUUUACUCAGACAUGUCCUGAAAAUGAUACCUGGAGGAAGGACAGAUCUCAGGUCAUGUCCUUUAUUGGUUUUCCACAGCCAUACCUGACUAGGCAUGUUAGAAAUAAUCUCCCUAAUUCAAGUUCCUGCUGGGUGAAACAUGGAACGUCCACCUCUUCUUCUCUUCCUGCUCACUUUUUUCCACGAAGCACAGAACAGGAUGCAGGAUUCUCUUCACUCGGUUUUCAGAGAACAUUGUCUCAGAGUAUACCAACAGGAAAUGGUGCUAAGGGUUACUUCACUGGGUUUCAUCCAUAUAUCAGCAGAGACAUGAUCUGUCCCCUUCCAUCUUAUCCUUGUCUGUACCUGGACUCAACCCCUUCAACAUCAGACUACUUCCCUGGUUUCACUCCACGGCUCUCUCUGCAUCCUUAUUUUUACAGGAGCAGCAGAGAGAAAACAUCAAGCCACAGGUCCAGAGAAGAUAAACAUGAGAAUCAUUCUUGCUGUACAACCCUGACAAAUGCAGGAGACAGUGAGCUGUCACUAAACAGAGAACAAAAAAGACUCAACGGACAGAAAGAACUAAAAGAGGAAAAGGACCUAGAUGUUGCAAAGAAUCAACUGCUGAGUCACAAGCUUUCUUUCAACAAAAGCAACAAAUCUCCAAGAGUUAGCUAUGGAGGACAUAAUUUUCAGAGACUAUACCAUGCAGAAGAUCAACAUCAAAGAGAAUGCAAGUUUCAUUCAUCAAUGGUGAUAGACCCUAUGAAAUCUGUUUUGCCUGAGAGAACAACUCUCACAACAGAGGCUGAGAACACCAUUGGUUUUGAAUCUUCAUCAACAUCCUCCUCUUCAUUACCAUACAGAAUUCAUCCUCUAUCUUCUCCUUGGCCCAGUGAACAAGAUCUGAAUUUGAAUAUCUUAAGACAUCAACAUAGCAAUAAGGAAGUCAUCCCAGACCACAAUUUACUGGAAGCAAAUGAAAACCCAGCCGUAACAAUGUAUAUGAAAACUGGUGAAAUCAGGUAUGUUAAAAGCCCACUUCACAAGGCAAAAGGAAACAAUUCAUUCAGUAUCGGCACAUCUUUCCUGGCGCCCUCAGAAAAUUGCCCAAAAGAAACAUUUACAGAGCCAAUAGACUCCACAUGGGUGUUUGAUUUAGGCAGAUCUAAUGUGAAACGGGACAGGAAUGAAUUUGUGAGGCACCAUCUGAAAGGCAGUGCUAAUAUCGCCAACUGUCCAACGACACACAUCCCAGAAUUUAACACAUCAAAAAAUAGAUUAACUGCCUUGCAAAAGAAUUAUCAUAACACCUAUCUGGCACAAGACCAUUGUGGAUUUGUCUCCAUGCCUGACUUGUUAAGUCAUAUCCCUUAUUUUCUGGGACCAGGAAAUAAAAGCACUAAGCAGAAUGCAAGUGGAAACCACAGCAAUCCAAGUGUCCACUGUUCUGAGAUACAUAGCCUGGAUUCAUCAGAAAAGACUGCAAAAACCAAAGUUAACAUUGCACAGGGCCGAAAAGCCCCAGCGUCCAACAACACUGGUAGCAGAGGAAGCUCUACUAGCCACUGUGAGAAACACAGGAGCCCUCUGGAACAGAAAGCUCUUGACAGGGAAACGGACCACCUGAGAAAAAACACAGAUGAGCCCAGGAAAAGAGGUAUACCAUCACACAGUGAGGUUUCUGCGGAUGCGAAACAGGCAAAUAAAGAAUUAUUGCUGAGAGAUUUUAAACAUCCUACUCUAAAAGCAGGCAGUCCACACUGGACUGUAGAUACUGAAAAUGCCAAGGACAAGACAUGGGUGGAGAGAGAAAGGUUUGUGUGUGCCUCAGGGUUUCACACUGCCAGGCCCCACAACCAGUGUUUUGGAGAACUGAAUGGUGGCCAAACCUCAAAGAAAGAACAAUUCCGAACAGUAUUGGAUAUGAAGCACCAUGUGUCUUCUGAAGCAGAAGACAGUGAUGAGUCCAGAUCUCUGUCACCGACUGAAAUGGCAAUUAAGAAAACAGAUUUAGGUUCUUCCAGCUGCUCCAGAGAAAAUCAGAGUAGCCACACGUUUUCUGAAGGUGAAAUGGAUUGGAUACCCAAAUGGCAAGGAAUUGACCACGUAUUUGAGACCUAUCAAGAGUAUACUGAAGAAAGAAAGCUAGAGGAAAGUAUUCUUCAAGAACAGCUGACAAUGCUAAAAGCGAAAAACAAAGAGUUGAAAUUUACAGCAGACAGUCUAAGAGGACAUCUGCAGGAACUGGAGUCAAAUAGACUGGAAUUGGAAAAAGAACGGAAAUGUCAUCAAGCAGCCCUGCACUACCUUAACAAGUGCCUCACAUUUAAAACUUAAUUCACUUAAUUGAAAUUCACUAUUAAUCACUUAAUUCACUUCAAAUUAACAGAUCACUUCCAAUUUGGAGACCAAUUUAGUGAAUAUUUUACAGAGAACAAAUACAAUUAAUUGCUCUAUCAUUUUGACAAGAGUAUACUAAAGGGCUCCUCACAAAAUGCAUACAAGAAUAUUUGAUUUCCAAGAAAACAUUAAUUUAGAAAUCAUAAUACUUGUAAUCCAAGGGAAUUCAACCCUCUAAAGUUUAUUUUAAAUGGGGUACCAUCAGCAAUUAGAUGUGCACAAAAUCACAUCACAAUUGCUGCUGCUUUUUGGGGGUGGAAGAAACAAAGUAAUGGUAUUGGAUGGGACCAUGAAAAUUCUCAGGCUAGAGCUUUAGGUGACCAAUGUUGGAAGCAAUUUAAACUAUACAUCUGAAAUAUACACUUAGCACCAGGUUGCAGAAGCUGUUUCUGGGAUUCAGUCUCUUUUCCUCCAUAGAGGUUUGACUAGCAAACAUAUAUGGCCUUUUGAACUUUGAGGAACCAAAACCAUAGGUUUGCAGAAUGACAUCUCUGGAACAAUCACAAGUUACUAUAUACAUAAGUCCAAGACAUAAAUCCCCUGAAUUUAAUGCAAUUUAGUCCAUGAAUGUGAUCCUACUGUGCAGACCACGAAGACCAGAAGAUGUCCUGAAAUACAUUUGAUAAAAUAUAAAACUGUACUAUUUUGUACCAACUUUUGUCAUGGAAUUAAUAUUGUGUUGUAAUUAAGGCUUUAUUACCACUGUCGUACAGUAAUCCAGAAUGUUUCCUUGCACUGAAGAAUCUGUAGAUUGUGCUGGUCACAGUUAACUUGUUAUUCCCUUUGGCUAAGUAAUAGAAUUAAACUUUUGGGAAUUCUUAUGAAAAUUCAGUUUUUAUUUCUGUUUUACACUAUAUAACGCAGGGGCAUGCUCAGUAUGGAGGCAGAGCCCUGUAUUAAGGGCGACAAGUUGCCUUAGCAACCACUGCUGACCUGGACAACAAAGGACGAGCACAGCUGUGGGGACCCUUUAAGACACACUGAGCACCUCCCCAGCUGGACGAGCAGACCCCCGCAAGGGGAGGACCAUUCAACUGAUAGUCCUGGAGUCCCGGAGGGGAUUGUGUCAUUUUAUUAUUUUUCUUUUCCCCGUCCCACCAUGCAUCUCCACCGGGGAAGGCUGACCUAUUCCUCCAAUGUCCCGCUGUGCAUCCUACACAGGGACAGGCUGAGUUUCUCUUUUUGUUUUAUCCUUGUGCUCCCUGCUCCCGUUAAAUAGCGCAAGUCCAGUCUGGAUAACGCUGUGCCAGGCGGCUUUUUUACCCCAGACUGGACCCUGUUAGGAAGGCUAAGUCCAGCCUGGAUGCUGUGGUGCUCAGUGACACAUUUUUCUUUUUUGUUUUUUUCCCUUUUUGUGUUUUUGUUUUGGUUUUUGCUAACCUCACACCAGUGCCUUAGCCCCCUCAGAUGGGGUUUCGACUUUUACCGGUGCAUGCCAUGGCUCCUCCCACUCCUACAUUGUUACAACUGUUAUGUGCUAUAGAAGGCCAUCUGAGCACGUUUAUUCAGAAACAGAGCCCCAGGGAAUCAACAAUAGUACUGCUGUGCACUACUGCAUAUAUGCAGCUCCCAUUCACAGGAUUCAUUAUU